AGAUCCGCAUGCGCAUCUCAGCAUCUAUAUCUAUCCACACACAACACACACCUCUGCCUCUACUCCGCACAACUCCUCACACACAAAACACAACACACGCUCAUGUUGUUGAUGAGUGGAGGCAACAAAAAACAUAUAUCCAUCACUCACAAGACCAAUUGACCUUUGUUCUUGGUACAAUUCGAUUCAAAUUUUUCGCACUAAGGAGAGCCACUCAAGGCUCUGGGAUGUACUAUACGCCGUUCGGGGUUCUGAUUUUCGGCGGCGAGAAGGUUCAAGAGACACAGUGGGAGAAGGAGCGAUAAGUAAUUCAUAUUCCUACCUUCACACACAAAAACAACAUUCUCACCAUUUUUAGAUCCUUCCAUUAUCUCUCGUAGGAUCUUCCAAUUUCAAUUUUAAUUCAAUCCCUUCAGAUUUUUCGGAGAGACCAUGGCUGGGAAGGUUUUGAAAGAAACGAAAUCGCUGUCGGCGGCGGAGGUGGCGGGGGCGGAGGCUGAGAUGACGGUGUCGUCGGUGAAGUGCUGCUGCUGUGGGCUGAUGGAGGAGUGCACGCACGCGUACAUUGGGCGCGUGAGAGAUCGCUACGGGGGUCGUUGGAUAUGUGGCCUCUGUUCGGAGGCUGUGAAGGAAGAGAGGGAGAGAGAGAAGAUUGUGAUAUCAACGGACGAGGCUCUGAAGCGACACAUGGGGUUCUGCCAACAGUUCAAGUCUUCUGGUCCUCCAGAUAACACCAACGAGGACUUCAUUCUGGCAGUGAAGCAGAUCCUGUUUCGCACUUUGGAUUCUCCGAGGAAAGACCGUUUCACUUGUCGACCACUUGGGAGAUCUCACAGUUGUUUCUCAACCAUGCAAGGAACUCCCACACAGGCGGAGACAGAAUGAUCCCUCUUUGAAUAAGAUUAUCUUUGGUACAAGAUAUUUGUGAUCUAUGAAAGAGAAGAGUGAUCCUUCCCAUAUUCAUUAGCAAAACUUGAUACAUUUCUUUAAGUGGUUAUAGUACUAUUCUGUGUUAGAAUUGAAAUUUUACUUUGAUAGCAAAAUUAUCAAGGUGAAACUUUAAUUUUAAACAGGUAUAAUACUAAAAACACUUCAGGAGUUAUAUUGAAGUAUUGUAGGAUAAAUAUUAGAAUGCAACUAAAAUGGAGACUUAUUGAUUAAUAAUUGAUAAUAAUAAUAAUAAUAAUAAUAAUAAUAAUAAACAAUGUAUAGUCAUGAUUCACAAGCAUCGUAUCUGUGAGUCAAGGUUGAGUUACUAAGCUCAGUUGUGUGUCUUGUUUUUGUUGUGUUGUGGUUAGUCAGGCAGGAAUGGUUGAGUUAUGGUGUUGAGUUGUUGAUUGUUUUUGUUUGACAUUUGGGAUUGAGUGGAUGAUUGUUGACAGGAGUCUUCCUUCCUUGACUUCAAUCUAAAUGUCACUUUUGUUUACUAGUAAUGGAAUUUCGGAAUUUCUAUGGUUGGCCCAAA